GAUUAAAACGAACGGUAUGAAGGCAGAAACAUCUGGUUUCUUAUGUUCAUAUGUUCCACAGUUUUGACCGGUCCAGCAAGGAAGUGACUUUCGAUUUCAAUGCGCACGGCUGGCAAAUUUUCGUAUAAUCUAGUCAUCAAAAAUGUGGUUUAAGUGUACAUUAACGUUCGCGGUUUUACUUAAAAUAGCAUGUUCAACAGAAGAAGAUUUUGGUACUAGUGAUCAAGCUACUUCAUUCAUUGAUCUCUACGAAAAGGGAGUACAGAGCUACUUGUCGAACGAGUUUGAAGAUUGUGUAUAUUUCCUGGAAUUUGCUCUCGACAAGUACAGAAAUUACUAUGAAACAACCGCUAAUUGUAGAAUCGAAUGCGAAUAUGAGAGCCGAAACAUUAAAAACAAAGGUGAUUUUCUGCAUCCGGAUGAUGUGGAAAAUUUGAAUUUUUAUGAAUUGAUACUCAAACGGACUCUGUGCCUUACAAAAUGCCGAAAACGAAACUCUAACUAUCUUCCGUUUGAGGGUGAUUUUGAUAACUACUUUAUGGAUAUAUUUAAAAACAGAGAAGCAUACUCUUAUCUACAUGUGUGUUACACAAAAACGAACCAAAUGACAUUAGCAGCAUCCGCUGCACUAACCUACAUGGUUAAGCAUCCCGGCGACGAGAUGAUGAAGAAAAAUUUCGAGAUUGCUAUUGAGAAGCCGGGUGUCGACAAGGAGGGAAUCAUCGAUUUGGAGGAAAAGAAAUUUGUCAAGCUAUUCGUUGCUGGUAUACUGGCGAUAAACGACAAAGAGUGGGAAAAUGCAAUCUCGUUCUUGGAAAGUUCGAUCAUGCAAUUCAUCUACGACGAGAACCAGUGCCGUGCAUACUGUGAAGGAGAAUUCGAUCACGGAUUUAUGCCAGAUUUUGUGUCUGCCAUCGGAAAUCAUUUCACCAAUGUGUUGUACUGUAAAAGGAACUGCACUCGAGAGAUGGGCAUGGUACGCGGGAAGUAUUAUUACAAUCUUUUCGCCGGACAUUAUCAGUAUCUGCAAAUGGCAUAUUAUGAAGUUGGCAAAUUCGAAGAAUCGUAUAGAUCUGGUAUUAGUUUUUUGAUGUUCAACAAGGACGAUUUAGACAUGUUGAACAGCUUGAAAAUGAUCGAGAAGGAAAUUAAAGGAAAAAUGAAUGAAAAUUUCUUCAGAGUUCGCAGGGAGGCCAACGAAUAUUUCAACAGGAAUGUAUACGAAGAUAAAUUGGCAUCGUAUAUCAAAACAGAGUUCAAUAGACUUUCGGAAUCGGACGAAGACAUCACAGAUGAGCAACCUGGAGAUGUACACAAUGAUGAAACGUUGAAGGAAACUGCUAAUGAUGCUGAUGAAACUGAUGAGAUCAAUCACAAGUCUGUCCAAGAAGAUAUGAUUUACCAAACUCCCAGUAAUGGAUAUCAACGGGAAGAGCUUUAAGUGCCAUUUUUAUGCCAAAUUUAAAUUUAAUUGUAUAUAGCGUAACGUUGGAUAUAAAUGGAUGUUUUACAAGAGAAAUAUAGAUAUGUUAUGUUCGGCACGGACAUAUAAAGCAUAGCAGAUAAAUGA